AUGAGGUCGGGGGAGGGCGAAGGCUCCGAGCUGGCGGAGUUCGGCGCGCGCUGGCCGCCGCCCUACACUGCCUACGGCUGGCGCUCCGCCACGCCGCAGCACCCGCCCGCCCACCAUCUCGCUAGGCAUUCGCGCUCGCAGCAGUGGUUGCAGGACAACCGCCACACGAGCUACGAGGCGGAAGAUGCCCGGGUGCGAGCUAGAGGUGGGGUUUACUAUUCCCCGCCGGGUACCUCAUACACUAUUGUGGAGCGACCAGCCUCCUCCCAUGGGCACCAUCCGGCCUACUCACAUUAUCCAGGGAAGCUUUCCCGUACUCCAUAUGUUGGCUCUACAACGUUAGCGAAUAGUGCCGGUGCAACAAGUUUACGAAAUAGUACCAGUCAUCUAACUGCUACCAAUGGGAAGAAACGGCCGAUAUCGCCAGAGCAAGUGCUAAGGCUGUUCGGCCAAGGUGGUGCUGCUGCGUUGGGAAAGGCGCUGCCACCCUCACAUCCACCAGCACCACUACCAGUUCCUUUACCAGCACCUCUGCCGACACGGCGGCAUUCACCAGCAAGUAGUCCAAGCAGUACAACGCAUCACGCUAUCUAUCGUGGGGCUGAAAGAGAAAGGCCGUACUCGUCGGGAGGUGCGCCUGCACCGCCGGCGGAGCCUGCCACCCGGACUGUUACCAUGUGUAGAGACCCCGCUGAUUCACAUGGUUUUGGGAUAUGUGUCAAGGGUGGAAAGGAAGCUGGCGUUGGUGUGUAUAUAUCUCGAGUUGAGGAGGGCUCUGUGGCAGAGCGGGCAGGCCUUCGCCCCGGGGACUCCAUCUUGCAAGUCAAUGGGACCCCGUUCUCGGGAAUAUCACACGAAGAUGCUCUCAAAAUGCUUAAAUCGUGUCGUCAGCUUACAAUGAUGGUGCGAACAGCUGGAGCACUGGUGGGGCGGGCCUCCUGUUCCUGGAUGGACCGAUAUGGAAGACCAGCAUCCCCUCCACCAUUGAAACCACCCCGGUCCGCUAGCAAAGACCGUUCCAUACGACGGGUGGACCUUUGCAUCGAACCAGGGCAGUCGUUGGGGCUUAUGAUUCGUGGAGGUUUGGAGUACAACCUUGGAAUCUAUAUCACUGGAGUUGACAAGGAUUCUGUUGCUGAUCGAGCAGGGCUUAUGGUUGGAGAUCAAAUACUAGAAGUGAACGGACAGUCGUUCGUUGACGUCACGCAUGAUGAAGCAGUCGCACAACUCAAAUACCACAAAAGAAUGUCUCUUUUGGUCAGAGAUGUUGGCAAAGUGCCGCAUGCGUGCACUGCUUAUGGAGAGCGGGACGCAGCACCCAAAAUUAGCGGUUGGGGCCGCCGCAGAGGUGCAGCUGCAGUAGCAGUUGAGCAGAAAGCCAAAUCUCUGUUGCCUCAGAGUGAUCUCCCCGCGAUGGCGUAUUAUAUGGAGGAGUAUGCUGCAAGGCGACUUACACCGGACUCGUUCUUGACAGUCCUAAGAGAUCUUCUAGAUACACCACAAAAGUAUUCACUUCUAACUGAAAUACGAGAGUUCCUCUUGCCAGAAGAUCGACCGAGAUUUGAUGAAUUGGUUUACAGAAGAGAAGAACCACCACCCGAGCACCAUUUAAAGCGCGGCGGCGAAAGACACUUACUCCCUUCAUCAACAAUGCAUGAUCUACACGACCCGCAGGUGCCGUCUGAAGUACCUCUAAUGGUGGACCACCGCUCGCCCUCUGAAGACUCCGGCUUGGGUCUUCCGCCCCACGAAUCUUACAGGAGCGGCCGUGCCUGGAGGGCCACAGAUGCGCCACCUUUGGAAGACGACCUGGAGCCUCCACACGAGGUGAUUUUGCCAGAAUUACUACACUAA